UUGCGCAAGAAGAUCAACUGUUUUGUGGAUGAUAACCUAGAAAGAGGAGGAGAUAACUCCUAUGCCCUUGAGGGCUAUAGAGCGAUCAAGGAUUUUGGUGGUGAUCUUCUCCAAGAACUAUGCUUCCUCCCAUGGCGUGUGGAUGAAUUGGCCAAAAUCCUUGAUUGCCGGAACAAAUAUGGGCUUGUUGUUCUGCCGGUUUUCUAUUGUGUAGGCCCAUGUGAGGUUGAUAAGCAGAACGAGAGGUUUGCAGAUGCUAUUUUUGAGUUUGAACUGAAUUUCAAGGACAAAUUGGACAAGGUGCCAAGAUGGAGAAGUGAGCUAACCAGGGCAGCUAGUAUAUAUGGAUGGGACUACCAAGUUAUUAGGCCUAAAUCCAUACUUGUGAAUGAAAUUGUGGAAGACAUUUUGAAGAAGCUUAAUGGUGCAUCCUCUGGUAAGACCACAAUUGCCCAAGGUUUUUACAGCGAUAUCUAUGCUACAUAUGAAGGUUGCUGCUUCUUUGAAAAUGGUCGGGAAGAGGCAAAACAUCAUGGUGGACUAGUUCACUUGAGAAGAAAAUUUCCGUCACAGAUAUUAGAGGAUCAGAAUCUACAUUAUUCCACCACCACCACCACUACACUAGGAUCCACCUUCACUGUGAAGAGGAUCCAACGCAAGAGGGUUUUGCUUGUUCUUGAUGACGUGAAUGAUGUUGCUCAAGUGGAGUUCCUUAUUGGAAUGUGUGACUUAUUUGAUCCUGAAAGUAGAGUCAUUUUAACAUCUAGAGAUAAGCAAGUGCUCGAAAACUGGGUGGAUGAGAUCUAUGAGGUUCAAAGUUUAGAUCAUUGUGAAGCUCUUCUUCUCUUCUCUUCCAAAGCCAUUAGGAGGAACUGCCCCAUGAAAGAUUUUGUGGAGGAAUCCAACACGGUGCUGAAUUAUUUACAAGACAACCGUUUAGCCCUUAAAGGAACCGAACAUGUUGAAGGGAUUUUCUUGGAUGUUUCUGGAAUCAGUGCUAUGGAAUUGGGUCGUCAAGCAUUUUCAAGGAUGCAUAAUCUGAGAUUGUUGAAAGGCUAUGAUUGUGAGGUUAAAGAUAGUCAUAAGAAGUUUCUUGCAACAGCCAUUGAAUCCACUACUUGCUUUCCCGGGAGCAAAAUUCUUGUGUGGUUUUGCUGUCAUAGUUUUGGAUGCUCGCUAACUAUGCAGCUGCCUUCAAAUUGGACGAGCUGUGGAUUUUGGGGCUUAUCAGUCUUUGUUGUUCUAGAUUUCAAGAAGCAUCAUUAUUACUACUAUGACUAUGAUAUCCAACUCAAGUGUACAAUUCGGCUCAAGGCCCAUGGUGUUGAUUCAGCAGUAGCUGUCCAUCACUGCUAG